CUACGGCAAGCUUCCAUUUUCCUUCACGCUUCUUCCAUCUUCUCUUCCUCUGCAAUACAACUUCACUUGGCGGUAGACUUCAUCCAACAAUUCGAUGACUUUCUAGUUGUACACAACUACACACCAAGAAUACAGACAACAUAGCUUGGUUGAUUUCAUUCAUACAUCAUCGCGAAUCCGCCCAACAUGUCGUGCCCCCACAUCGGGUCCGCAAACCUCGCGAAGCCGUCGCCUACCGACAAUGUCUACCGCGAGGAUUGUACCCAAUGCUUCGAUUCCAUUGACGACCCAGCUGGUCUGGAUGUCUGCUUAAAGUGCUUUAACGGAGGCUGCGCUGGCGACCGGAAUCACGCAAAGCUCCAUGCCACCUCGCGAAACCACCCGCUCGUCCUCAACAUUCGCCGAACCCGCAAGAUCAUCGAGCGCAAUGAGCCGCCUCUCAAGAUGUCCAAGCUCGCCAUCGCGGCCGAGACCGAAAGCGAUCGCUACGAUACAACACUUACAGUCAAGUGCUUGGACUGCGGAAUCGACAACUUGAACAAGGAAGAUGCCACCAUCGCCCCCGUCAUCGAGGCCGUCAUGAAGGCCAACACGUUCUCACGCAAGGAGGAGGUCAAGGCCUGGGAACAAGAGCUCACUACCUGUGAGCACAUCUUGACAAUGCAGCAAGGAGAGCCUCGCAAGAUUGAGUCUCAGGAUCUGGGCCAUUGCUCCAAGUGCGACUUGAACGAAAACCUUUGGCUGUGUUUGGAAUGCGGAAACCUUGGUUGUGGCCGCGCCCAAUUCGGUGGUGUCAGCGGAAACUCUCACGGUUUGGCUCACGCGACCGAGACCAAACACGGCGUCGCUGUCAAGCUUGGUUCCAUCACCCCCGAGGGAACGGCCGACGUAUACUGCUACAACUGCGACGAAGAGCGCAUCGAUGACAACCUGGGCGCCCACCUGGCCAACUGGGGCAUUAUCCUUGCCGAGCGCGAAAAGACGGAAAAGAGCUUGACGGAAAUGCAGAUCGAGCAGAACCUGAAAUGGGAGUUUUCCAUGACCACUGAGGACGGCAAAGAGUUGACACCCGUUUUUGGCCCUGGCCUGACUGGCCUCAAGAACCUCGGAAACAGCUGCUACCUUGCCAGUAUCCUACAGUGUCUCUACGACUUGCCCUCUUUCCAACAACGGUACUAUAGCGACAAGCUUGGUCCUCUCCCCAGCGUAUCAGAUCCUGCCGAGGACCUCGAAACACAGCUUCGCAAGCUUGGUGAUGGUCUUCUUUCCGGCCGGUACUCCAAGUCAGACGCCGAUGUCUUUGCUUCUGAGCACACUCCCAACGUCCCUUACCAGAAGGGUCUCCAGCCUUCCAUGUUCAAGCACCUCAUGGGUCGUGGCCACGAGGAGUUCUCGACCAUGCGGCAGCAAGACGCCUUUGAGCUCUUGCAGCAUCUGAUCAAGCUCAUCACUCGAUCCAAGCAUCCAGUAGAGCUUGGUGAUCCCACCCAGCCCAUGCGCUUCGUCAUGGAGCAGCGUCUGCAAUGCCUCAACUGCAAGAAGGUCCGCUACAGUAGCAAUGAGCAGGACAGCGUCUUCAUUGACGUGCCCAUGGAGAAGCUUCCACCCGAGGAGGAGGGUCAAGAACCGAAGUACAAGCCUGUCACGCUCAAGCAGUGUCUUGACAGCCUGACUGCCUCCGAGGUCGUUGAGCUGACCUGUGCGGGCUGCGGAAGCAAGGAUGGGUUUACCAAGCGUCAAGCCUUCAAGACCUUCCCCGAUGUCCUCGUUGUCAAUGCCCGAAAGAUGGCUGUUGUCAACUGGGUCCCCGUCAAGAUUGAUGUUCCCGUCAUUGUUGAUGACGAGCCCUUGAACCUUGACGAAUACCUUUCCAAGGGUCAGCAGCCUGACGAAGAAGCCCUGCCCGAGGAUGAGUCGGCCAAGAGCAGCGCUCCUGCAUUUGUGCCUAACGCGGAGGCGCUUGCCAUGCUCGAGGCCAUGGGAUUUCCACGAGUCCGUGGUGAGAAGGCGCUGCAUGCCACAGGCAACUCGGAUGCCAACGCUGCCAUGGAGUGGCUGUUUGCUCACAUGGAUGACCCCGAUAUUGAUGUGCCUUUGGACCUCAGUGCCAGCAGCGGUGGUGCGGCUUCAGGAGGCGCUGGCGCGGCUGACCCGGAGAAGUUGGCCAUGCUUGAGUCGAUGGGAUUGUCUGGACCGAGGGCUGUAAAAGCACUGAAUGAGACCGGUGGUGAUGUGGAAAGAGCCAUCGAGUGGCUAUUCAGCCAUCCUGAUGAUGAUGGUGCGGACGCUGUUGAAGAGGAGGCACCGGCUGGCAAUGAGGGGCCAAAGAAGGAGGCGGGCAGUAGUGAGUUGCCAGCCAAGUUCCAGUUGCAGUCGAUUGUGUGCCACAAGGGAACGAGUAUUCACGCUGGACACUAUGUUGCUUUCAUUCGUAAGAAGCUUAGCGAGGACGAGACCUCCUGGGUCCUUUUCAACGAUGAGAAGGUGGUCAAGGUGGUGGAUGUUGAGGAGAUGAAGAAGACUGCUUAUGUCUACUUCUUCAAGCGGGUGUAAAUCAUAGCAGGGCUUACAUCCAGUUAUUCAGUAGCGGGACGGGCGAGGAGUUGGUACAAGUGACAUCGCAGUUGAGCGGGAACAAAGAGAUGUGUACAUGCCUACAUUAACGAAGAUACGAAUUCAACGCAUAUGAUGUCUACUCUUGGCCCAUUACCAUGCGCAAGAUAGCACGCCGUAUCGGCUCUUUAACUCCUCCCUGUCCACUCACGGAAGUCCUUUUUUGUCAAAGGGUUCAACUAAUCUCCCCUGCAUUGGACGUGCGUACACCACAGGUUCGGAUUGACGGAGGGACGGGACGGGAACGGGAAGAACCGCAGCACGCGUCAAGCAAGUUGCACGUGCUUUAAAACCUCGUUCAUUUGCUUAUUUCAAGGCUCCUGUCACUUCCAUUGUCUGUCGUCGUUCUUCAACUUUUUCUUAAACCCCCUCCAUUCUGCCCCCAACCCACAGAAGGUCGAAAUACUUUUCCGCUACCUUGCCAGGCACAACUAAGCACAGCUGAAAUUGUUGGUUACUCGAAGAAGAGCGUGGUGGUCGAGGACAACGUCAAUGUCGAGCAUCGACUGAACACCCCGAUACGAUAUUAAAACCAUGAGUCCAAUCACAUGUGCCGCAGAUACAAAUUGAACGUGUCCUUUGGUUAUCACUCUCGACUCGACGCGCUUCACUCACAUCCGGUGAACCGGGAGGGCGGCAAUGAUACAAGGAACGAUCCCGAUCAAACAACACAGCCCCAAUCCUCAACGGGCAUCAAACUUUUUGUUGAGUUUUCCAUUUCCAGGCAGCACCAUUUAUACGUUUCACUACACCACUA